AUGUCUAGUUCAAAGUGGAAGCAUUUAAAUAUCAGGACGCUGACGGAUGACAUGAUGGAUAGAUUUGCCAGCAUAAGAAUUCCAGGGAGCAAGAAAGAGAGGCCUCCACUUUCCAACCUGAGGACUGCGUUUUCAAACAAUGAUUGUUCUUCAGAAAUGAAUGAAAACAUUCCAAAACCACUGUCCGAGAAGGAAAUUUUAGAGCUUUUUGAAAAGAUGAUGGAAGAUAUGAAUUUAAAUGAAGAUAAAAAGGUACCAUUGCGGGAAAAGGACUUCAGUAUCAAGAAAGAAAUGGUGAUGCAGUACAUUAAUACUGCUUCCAAGACAGGAAGUCUUAAGAGUAAUCGACAGAUCUCACCUGAGGAAUUCAUCUAUGAACUGAAGAUGGGGUCUGCGGAUGAGAGACUCUUCACGUACCUGGAGUCCCUCCGCGUGUCUUUGACAAGUAACCCUGUGAGUUGGGUGGAAAGCUUUGGACAUGAGGGGCUUGGAUUAUUACUCGACAUCUUGGAAAAGCUGAUUAGUGGCAAAAUACAAGAAACAAUUGUGAAGAAGAAUCAGCACAAAGUCAUACAGUGUCUGAAGGCCUUGAUGAAUACCCAGUAUGGCUUGGAAAGAAUUAUGAGUGAAGAGAGGAGUCUUUCUUUGCUAGCCAGAGCCAUUGAUCCUGAGCAGCCUGGCAUGAUGAUGGAUGUGGUUAAGCUCCUUUCUGCAGUGUGCAUCGUAGGGGAGGAAAGCAUCCUUGAAGAAGUCUUAGAAGCUUUAACAUCAGCUGGAGAAGAAAGAAGAAUUGACAGAUUUUCUUCUAUUGUGGAAGGUCUUGGGCACAAUUCAGUUCAGUUGCAAGUAGCGUGUAUGCAGCUCAUCAAUGCUCUUGUUACAUCUCCUGAUGACUUGGACUUCAGGCUUCACAUCAGAAAUGAAUUUAUGCGUUGCGGAUUGAAAGAGAUAUUGCCAAAUUUAAAACAUAUUAAGAAUGAUGGCUUGGAUAUCCAACUUAAAGUCUUUGAUGAGCAUAAGGAAGAAGAUUUGAUGGAGUUCUCCCAUCGCCUUGAAGAUAUUAGAGCUGAAUUUGAUGAAGCGAAUGAUCUUUACAACAUGCUGUGGAACACAGUUAAGGAAACCAGAGCAGAGGGGUAUUUCAUUUCAAUUCUGCAGCAUCUUUUGCUGAUUCGAAAUGAUUAUUUUAUAAGGCAACAGUACUUCAAAUUAAUUGACGAGUGUGUAUCUCAGAUUGUACUGCAUAGAGAUGGGAUGGAUCCAGACUUCACAUAUCGAAAAAGACUAGACUUAGAUUUAAGUCAGUUUGUUGAUAUUUGCAUAGAUGAAGCAAAACUAGAAGAGUUUGAAGAGAAAGCGUCAGAACUUAACAAGAAAUUUGAAAAAGAGUUUACCGACCACCAAGAAACUCAGGCUCAAUUGCAGAAAAAAGAGGCAGAGAUUAAUGAGCUUCAAGCAGAGUUACAAGCUUUUAAAUCACAGUUUGGUGCCUUGCCACCCAAUACCUGUUUGCCUCCUUCAGAUGGAAAGGGAACCGGCCCACCAGCCCUGCCGCCUCCCCCGCCGCCCCCUCCGCCCUUACCGCUUGGCGGCGGGCCUGUGCCCCCACCCCCUCCGCUGGGACUUCUCAGCGGACACACCGCGCCCCUUCCACCGACCCUGCCUUUUGGGUUAAAACCAAAGAAAGAAUUUAAACUGGAAACCAGCAUGAGAAGAUUAAAUUGGUUAAAGAUCAGACCUCAGGAAAUGACUGAAGACUGUUUCUGGGUACAAGCAAAUGAAAAUAAGUAUGAAAGUGUGGAUUUACUUUGUAAACUUGAGAAUACGUUUUGUUGUCAGCCAAAAGAAAGGAACCUUUUAGCAGACUUACGCCACUUAUAUCCCUGGGCUCAUCAAACAGAGAGAUAGGUGAUGGGGAGAGAUUACAUUGGACAGAGCUAGGAAUGCUUGGUG